AUGCCGGUAGUUGAAGUCAGAUCUCCCGGCCAGGUAACGGCAAAUCCUCCUGUCGUACCAGAGCAUACGGACGGCUGGACCACCAGUUGGACUACCAGCAGCUGCACUACGAGUUGGACGACAGAAACGACCAUAUCCACGGUCGUGGUGCUUCCAGGCACAACAACAAGCGUUGUUCCCGUUCACACCACUUCCCCUGCGACCGUGGUUGUGGAACAUGCACACGGCGGCGGCGGCUUAUCACCAGGUGCUGUGGGCGGCAUCGUUCUCGGAGUCUUCUUCGGGGUCCUUCUCCUCCUCCUGCUAUGUAUCUGUUGUCUUCGAGCUCGACGACGUGCAUACUACGGUUCAGAUACCUCUUCCACCUCUAGCCGUCAUCGGAGACCGGUUGUGAUUGAUCCAUAUCCAACUCGACCGAAUGCGAAUCUGACUUUUGUUGGUGGAGGCAAUCAACCCGAGACAAGAGUCGUAGUCACCAAGACACAAAAGAUGUUCAUCCGCCCUUCGAUGAAGGAAGUUAAAACUGUGAGGAGUACGAGGAGGAAAGAAAGGAUCGUGGUGGUCGAUGACUGA